GCCCGCGCCUUCGCCACGUCCCCCCUCAGUCUGACGUGGCGAGUCGCCUGGAACGCAUGUCGCUUCAACCGGAGGAGUCCGAUAUGCGUGACGAUAUUGAUUUCAAUAUCGCAUUUUGUCAAAUAAUAGAACAGUAUCCAGCAUUAUAUGACUACAAUCGGUCAGACUAUUGCAAUAGGAAUGUGCAGUCGAGAAUAUGGCGAAUCAUCGCGAACAAACUGCAGGAAUCGGAAAACGAUUGCAGAGAGCGAUGGAAGAACAUAAGAGGGAGAUAUGGAAAGUACAAAAAAGCGAAAGCCAAACCUACAGAUAAGUUAGCUAAACGGGUCAAAGAAUAUUACCUAGCGCCGUAUCUAAGUUUUUUGGACAAUUUCCUAAAAGCACGGCCAUACAAAAGGUUAUUUAGGAAGAGUUUGAAAACCGAAACUCAUGAUGCGGACGGACAUGAUGAUUCUGAGGAAUUGCAUGCAGAUGAGUCACUUCAGUGGCCAUGGCCGCAUCAAUCAACACAAUCUCACCAGCAAGCGGAUUCUUGUUUUGUCGUGCCUGUGGACCCAACGUUAUCAAGUGAAUACAUGGGCAGUGAGUUGGCAGCAGCUUUACAAGACGCCACAGAAGCAGAAAAACCACCAAUGAUUAAACGGAAGACUGUAAAACUUGACACAGAUCUCUCAUUCCUUAAAAGUGUGCUGCCAGAUAUGAAAGCCAUGACUCCGGAUCAAAAGCGGAGGUUUAAAAUUGGGAUUUUGAAUAUGGCCGGGGAGAUAUUGAAGGAAAAUCCGAGAUGUUCGAUCACCGGUCAAUGUCGUGGAGGUCUUUCAAAGGCACCAACCCCGCCGUCACAGUAGGUGUUCAUUGUAAAUAAAUGGGUUUAAUGCUGCUGCCGCCUGUCUAUCUCUUAAGUACUAAACUGUAAUAAUGGAAACAAACGAAUAAACGAGCAAGUUCUAAAUGUUAAGUCGUCCAGCCUCAAUACAGCAUGCAUCGACAUCACAGCCAGUAUUACUUGCUGAUGUUCGUCAUCGAAAGUUAUUUCCACCAUAUUCUAGGGCAAUGCUACAUAAUUUACAUUAUAACAAGUCAUGACCGCCGACAUUUUUACCCAAACACCGUUAUUUAUUGCAAAUGACAUUUUAAAAUUAUAACGAACAAUAACGCGUCAACAUUUCCCGCCCAAAUUACAUAAAAUAGAAAUUAUAGCAAAAGCUAAGUUUAUUGUUAGCUCAAGUGUUUUUUAUACGUAUUUUACUGUAACCGAUAGAAUCAAUAUUAAAAAGUCAUUACAUAAACGACACCCUGCUUAUUAUCGCAACCGGCAUGGUACAUCACAAUUUCGUUGUUUACUAUAAACAAAGUGACAAAAAAAACCGUGUUUUUAACCGACUUCAAAAAAAGGAAGAGGGGUCUCAAUUAGACUGUAUGUUUUUUUUGUAUGUACAU